ACGCACACACACACACUAGAUUCACACUCUCUGCCAAACUAAAGCAAAGGGCACCAUGAGCAGGAAAACGCGCCGCUGGAUUUUUCACAUUUUCCUCUGUCUAGGGAUUAUUUAUCUAAAAAUCGGCGGCUUCACAUCCGUGGUGGCACUGGGAGCGAGCAUCAUCUGUAAUAAAAUCCCGGGUCUUGCCCCCCGACAGCGGACGAUCUGCCAGAGCCGACCGGACGCGAUCAUCGUGAUCGGAGAAGGAGCGCAGAUGGGCAUCAACGAGUGCCAGUUCCAGUUCCGCCACGGCCGCUGGAACUGCUCUGCCCUGGGAGAGAGGACCGUCUUUGGAAAAGAGUUGAAAGUGGGAAGUAAAGAGGCAGCUUUCACCUACGCUAUCAUCGCUGCCGGGGUUGCCCACGCUAUCACGGCUGCCUGCACCCAAGGAACCCUGAGCGGUUGCGGGUGCGAUAAAGAAAAGCAGGGUUUCUACAACCAGGAAGAGGGCUGGAAGUGGGGUGGCUGCUCAGCAGACAUCCGCUACGGCUUGAGCUUUUCCAAGAUGUUUGUGGAUGCACGGGAGAUUAAACAAAAUGCCAGGACUCUAAUGAACCUCCAUAACAAUGAAGUGGGGCGUAAGAUCCUAGAAAAGAACAUGCGCUUAGAGUGCAAGUGUCAUGGAGUCUCAGGCUCAUGCACAACCAAGACUUGCUGGACAACGCUCCCCAAGUUCCGUCAGCUUGGCUACAUCCUCAAGGAUAAGUAUUACCAGGCCGUGCACGUGGAGCCGGUCCGAGCCAGCCGGAACAAACGUCCCACAUUCCUGAAGCUCAAAAAGCCCUACUCAUACCGCAAGCCCAUGGACACGGACUUGGUGUACAUUGAGAAGUCGCCCAAUUACUGUGAGCCUGACCCAGUGACGGGCAGUGUGGGCACUCAGGGCAGGAUCUGCAAUAAAACCGCACAGCAGGCCAACAGCUGUGACUUGAUGUGCUGCGGACGAGGCUACAACACGCACCAAUACUCGCGUGUGUGGCAAUGUAACUGCAAGUUCCUGUGGUGCUGUUAUGUCAAAUGCAACACGUGCAGUGAGAGGACAGAGGUAUACACAUGCAAAUAAAAAAAUUACUUCAUCUGUUUGGAACAGAGGGGCUGUGAACUGAACGUAAAUUACUAAAGGUCUGUGAACGCCUCUAAGGGAAAUUAGUGGCGUCUAACGUGGGGUCAUAUGGAUCCAAGGUGUUUAGAAUGAAGAUCCUUUGGAACGCAGUGCUUCAAGGGGUCUCUAUGGUCGGCAUGAUCUUUUCAUUCACCUGGAGGAUAGCCAGAGGAUGUGUGGGCGAUGUAUUCCGCUUUGUCUCAAAGCUCAGUGGAAUGAUUUGGUGGUUGGUACCAGUGGAUGCCUAGAACUUUCUAAACAGUGGAGUAAGACUAUUCCUGAUGUCCAGGAUAGAAGGAAUAUAUGCAUGUUGCCUUUGGCUAAUCUGUUCUACAGGCAAUCUGGAAAACCCUUUCAGUGAGCUUAUAUAAAACCCGGAUAAUUGGUUUUCGCUGGACAUCGUGAAAGCAUACUGUAUAUGGACAUGAUAUCAAUGGUAUUUAACAUUUUAUUUAGAGAAAAAAAGGCUAAUAUUAAUUUAUUUAAUAAUAAAACUACUGAUUUUCAUGUGAUUUUGUCGUUUUUUUUUGCCAUGCAACAUUUUGUUAUUGUGGACGAAGCAACUUAACCCAUUUUUCCCUUUUGAUUCCAUCUUGUACUUUAAUUACCUGUCAUUUUUACAGUACUCAUUGUGCACAAAACAGAUGUACCACCUUCUUGUUGGUGAUUCAAUAUACAGUAUACUAAACAUUUGUAGUACAAUUCCUUCAAGUACAAUCCAUAUAUACAAUAUUUAUUGCAAUAUACACUGGAAAUGUGCAUCUCCUAAAAUUAAUUACCUUAAGGAUCUUAACUAUCAGAAACAUUCUGAACAACGUGUCUUAAACCAGUGCCUAAAAUAUCUUCUGUUUCACAAUAAAUUAUUUCGUUUUUGAGCAACCUUUUUUUUUUUUUACAAAAAAAAGAAAUAAUGGUGAGCUGAAAUCAUUUGAUGAAGAACCUGUACAUAAUAAUACCUGACACAUAGCCUUCUCAUGAGCUCACACACACAUCUCUCCCUUGGCUCUUGUCUUUUUAUUUGGCAGAGGAGUCAAGAUAAUGAUUAACUCAUUUUGGAACAGAAUAGCUCGCACCCAGGAGAUGCCUCCACUUGCUACUGAUACGUUAUGCUGAGGUCACUGAUACUGUUCUUGCUAUAUAUAUCUAUACUAAAUAUUAUGUCUUUCCAUUUUUGCUGCUAGUUUUUCCCACCCCAAGGCCUCUACUUGGAAUCUGUAUAGUGUCUGUUGAAACUAGUGCUUUUGAAUACCAUGUGUGAAUGUGGUUACCUGAAUGAGUCGUUCAUGUGCUGAAUUAACAGCAGUUAACAGAAUAUAUUUUGCAAGAGAUUAUUUUUAUAUGAGUAUUUUAUUUAUUUUGUUAUAAACUGUCCUGCUUCACAAUUUUCCUAACCUCCAUAAUUAAGGAAAUCUAAGAUAGAAACUGCAUAGGGUUUAAAAUGUAAUGUCAUGGUACCUUGAUCACUGGUUUGGGGUUGACUGCAUCACAAGUGUCAAGCUGAAAUGGAAUAAUUAGAAUAAUAAUGUACAGCUUUUGUAUCGUUAUUUAACAACAGUCGUAUAUAGCAGUCCUGUAUAUAGGACCAGUAAUAAGCUAAAAAUGAGCAAAUACUCUGGUACUUAACAAGACAUAAAACAUAAGAGUGAGUUUUCACCAAAGAACAGCUGAACUGGAGGUGGUGCUUUAUGGAAGUCCUAUUUCUAAUACAUGACAAUGAAUUCAAACACUGUUUUGCCAAACUGGUCAUUCUGCAUGCUUAUACUGUCAUAACAGAUUUAACAAAAAUGUACGUUUUGCUUUGAACAGUCUUAAUAAAGUCACCU